AUGGCAGCAGUGCAACCUCCGGAUGCAGCGCUUCAAGUAGAAGAAGAGAUUGAACAGUUCCCAAGCCAUUCCCAUAGCAACCAGGCGGAUUCAAACAUGGCGCACGGGAGCCAAGCAGUCUUAUCUUCAACACCUUUGCAGGUUCUUCUCUACCUGAACAGCUGGUACUUUUCUGCCUUCUACUUGGCAGAGAUCCUCAUGUUCAUCUACAAAGGAAUUUUACUGCCAUACCCAGCAGAUAAUCUGGUCCUGGAUGUGGUGCUGCUGCUGCUCUUCCUCGCUCUGGAGACUCUUCGCAUUUUCUAUGGUUGGAAGGGGAACCUCUGCGAGCGCUCUCUGUCUUCCUGUGUGUCCCUCUUCAUCCUGUUUCCCUGCACAGCGCUGGCCGUUUACUACCUGCUGCUGCAGACGUUCGUGCUGCGGCUCGAGUUCAUUCUCAGCGCGGUGCUGCUCUGCUUCUAUGGCCUCGAGUUCCUGCUCUGUGUUAUCUCCAUCUCUGCUUUCUCCAGGUCCAGAGUUUACUGAUGUCGCCUGGAACACAACAGGAGGUGUCAGCAGCUUUCUUCAGACAGAAAACACCGUAACUUCCUCCAGGAGGAAAUUUAAUGUCACCACAAAGAUGCAGCGAAUGAUGGGCCACCAAUAGAUCCACAUGUUGAUGUUGUGGAUGAUGGCGAGGAAGUCUUCAUCUCUGCUCUGUGAAUACCAACAUAAGUGUUUUUUAUUUUUUUUUAAAAAUGCAUGUAUAUAAAAUAACUCUGCAA